AUGGCAGCUGUUGCAUGCUCCUCAUCUUCUUCUUCCACGAGAGACCAGCAAAAGGAAAUCACAGAAUCCGCAUCAGAGACUUUGACCAGUACCAUCAGUACCGGCAAUGAAGCCCGUCUAGCCUGCCGCAACAAGAGCCUGACGACGGUCACCUCUGGCCUGGCGCCAGGAUAUCUGCAGGCCAACCUCAUCAUCCUGCCGUCCCGCUACGCCUCGGAUUUCCGACUGCUCUGCGCCAGAAACCCCGUGCCGUGCCCCCUCAUUGCCGAGUCCUCAGCCCCCGGCGCCUACGACCAGCUGCGGUCCUACAUACCGGGGUCGGCUGUGGCCGCGGACCUCGACCUCCGCCACGACGCCCCGCGGUACAUGGUGUACCGGGACGCCCGCGUGGCGAGGUCGCACGUGCUCGACGUGGCGGCCGAGUGGACGCCCGACCACGUCGCGUUCCUGGUCGGCUGCAGCUACAGCUUCGAGUCGGCGCUGGCGGCGCACGCCCUGCCCCCGCGCCACGCCGUCCUCGGCCGCAACGUCGCCAUGUACCGCACCGCCGUGCCCCUGUGUCCCGCGGGCGUCUUUACCGGCGGCACCUAUGUGGUGUCGAUGCGGCCGUACCCGCUGCGCGACGUCGACCGCGUCCGGGAGAUUACCCGGGCCUAUAAUGCCACCCACGGCGAGCCCCUGGACUGGGGCUGGGACACCCUGGCGCGUCUGGGUAUUGCGAGCAUCGACGAGGUCCAGUGGGGUGAUGCGCCGCUGGCCGCGGACGGCGAGACGCCUCUUGGUGCCCUGUUUGGCAGCGAGGAUGAGGUUCCCGUGUUCUGGGGCUGUGGCGUCACGCCACAAGAGGCCGUUGUCAAGGCUGGUGACAAAAUUCAGGGCACCGUCAUGGCGCAUGCGCCUGGUCACAUGUUGCUUCUCGACAGUCGGGAUGAAGAUGUUGUCAAGUCGAGCUAUGACUAG